AUGACAGUUUCUAAGAACAUUAAAGAUGAAUCCAUCAACACACCUAAGAAGUCUAAUGGCUUUAUAUUUGCCCGCAUCAUCCAGUUUUUUUGGUGCACUGCUUUUUUUGUAGGAUUUUUGGUAGUCCUUUAUGCUUACAGUAUGAAGCAACCAUUAAGUGCAUUGGUUGCAGGUGCGGGCGACGGGAAAAUUUUAUCUGAAGAGUACUUAUUCCAAGUCCAGUUUCCAGAACUUGAGGUUUUGAUGGAUAAGAGAGCAGUAAACAAAAAUAAUCAAAAUCAAAAUGAGGACGACAAUGACAAUGAUGGCGAUGAUGGUGAUGAAGAAGAAGAAGAAGAAGAGCAAAACCUGGCUUUGGAUCGUACCCCAGGAGCAAUUGAAAAGUUCCAAGACAUUUUGCCUCGCCGCGAGGUUCUAGUAUUCUACUACAACAGAUUUUGCACUGCCGAUUACAAUACCUCAUGGCUUACCCAAAAUCAAGCCCUUUUGUCUAAGUACAUGGCUUAUCCCUCGCUUCUUGCAAACACAUCCAUGGCAAUCCCUCUCGACUACUCUACUCUUGAGUGUCAUUCAUUUGUGCUCAACCAAGAUUCAGGGAAAAUUUCCAUUUUGGAACCACUUCUUGAUGAUUUUGCAACAGCGGUGCGCGGAUCUUCAAACCAAAAUGCUGACGAUUUGGCUGCUGCAACAGCUCUUGUUGAAUUUGUAUACGCUGCUGGUGCGCGCCUAGAUACAACCUUAAAAACAAACCGAGUCUAUGUAUCGCUUUACACUGCCUUUACAGCAUCAAUGUUUUUCGUCAAUUCAUUUGUGUUUGUUCUCACUCCACUUUUUGUGCGUAAACAUGUUGUGGUUGGCACCGGCAUGCUAUCUUCAAGGACCUCAUUUCCUGCCCACAUGUUAAAUCCACAUAAUCUCUCACAUUUGUACAUUGUAGGUGCAACCAUUUAUACAGUGCUCAUUGUCAUUGGGCUUGUGGUCCCUGGGGUAAUGGGUGUGACGUUGGUGUUGGGGUACGGAACAGCUGCGCCGAGUGCAGAAGCCGCAGCUCACGUUGUUGAGAGUUUGGUUAUUGCUGCGCGGGCAAGCGCCUUGCCAGAAAUUGUGAAUUUGGCACAAUACUAUUCGCAAAUCAAGAUUGUGACUGGGGAAGCGAUUGAUGUGUCAAUGCGUGGGACGUUUGCUAACUUGAACCGGGUGGGCAUGUUUAGCAUUGUGUUUAGUGUCAUUUGCGGAUACUUGUUUUUGAAGCCUGUGGAUGAGGAGGAGGAAAAACAGCAAGGUAAAAAGACUCAAGCUCGAGAAAGCUUUGAGGUUUAA